UAAAUCAAUUUUACAUUUAAAAUAUUUUAGAAUAUUAAAAAUGAAUCUUAAGUUUCGAGUAUUGACAAUGACUUUCAUGUCUUUUGCACUUAUAUUUUUGUUGGUUUCAACAAUGAGCACUGGAUGGAGAAUGGACACUGAAAGCAGAAUGAAUGUUUAUACUACAUUUGGAAUGUGGAGAAUUUGCAGAGAUAUUAUAUUCGGUGCAACUGUUGAUCACAAUUGUUUGAGUUCACUUGCAAAUGCAGCACCAGCUUGGUAUCAAGUUGUUCGUGCAUUUAUGGUUAUAGCUGUGAUUUUCAACUUAAUUGCUUUCUUGCUUGGGUUUAAAACAUUGUCUUUGGCCCCAGCACUUAAGCAUCGUAAUGAAAAGCCACCUGCUACACCAAUGUUAAUACCGGCCUUGUUUAUGUUUUUAGCAACAUUGUUCUCACUUUUGGGCUUGGCUACAUUUGGUAUUGCAACAGCGAUGAAUGAAUCUCUUUACUUUCCUGAAAAACUACCUCCUACUUGGGCAAAUAGUUGGGCUCAGGUAUGGGCAAAGUUAAAUAGUUUACCUUCAGAUCGACCUGACCUUCGUGAAAUUGUUUCAAAAUAUGGGUAUUCGUUUGCUCUUGGAUGGUUAGGAUUCAUUCUUGCUUUGCUAUCAGGUGUUAUAAACAUUAUUGCAAAAUCAUAAGGUAUCUUUAUGUAUUUGCUGAAGUUUUAAAAGCUAUUUAUAACAAAAGCUAUGUUAUUUAUAUUCAUGAUGAAAAUAUUUUUCAUGUGCUUCGGGUACUAUCUUUUCUAUACGAUUUUCGAUUCUUUUUUACUGGCGUUGAAAUCUGCCGACGCCUUUUGUUAUUUAUUACACUUUUAAUUUUGCACAGUGUAUUUACUGAUUUUACCUAUGUAAUAAAUUUAAGGUCCGUUUCCUGUUAUGUAUAUGAUUCAAAAACGAAGCGGACUUUUUGAAAAAGAUUUUUGUUUUUUAUUUUGUAUAAAGGUGCUUACAACUCGAUUAUAAUUUGUAUAAAUUUGCUUAGUUAACAUUUUAACUCAAGACUAGUUAAUAUACGUAUAUUCUUGUAUUUAAAUAAAAAAAAAUAAAUUAAGGCUUUAUUUUGAAUUGAUUUUGUUAAAAAAUAAAUUGUAAUUAUAAAAAGAACCUGUUUUUUUAUAUUCUUUUUUAAAUUGUAAAAUGUAUUGGUGUGGGUUUUAUUAAGUUUUCAUAUAUUUCAUGCAAAUGCCUUUUGUACAAUAAUGAUUUGAAUGAUAAUUUUACGUAUAA